UUUGUUUGUUACUUAUAUAAAAACAAGAUGAGGGUAAGAAUGCACUCCUCAACUUUCAUAUUUUCCUUUCCUAAACUAUACUUUGUAGAACCAAAGAAAAAAAAAAAAGAAAGAAACAAUAAAAAGGUGGAGGAAAGGAAUACACACACAUUUGUCUUAAAUCAUCAUAUCCUUCAAGACAUGGCUACAGAAGUAAGACACAAGCCUUCUUCAGUUACUGCACCAACAGCUACAUGGCUGACCUUGUUUAUCCUUACUAUCAUCUGCAAUGUCAGUUUAGCCGAAAGAGUUUUGAAAGAAAAAGAACAAUCAGCAAAUUUUGUUGAGAAAGAAAGACAAGGAGUUCUAAAAGCAAUGAUUGAUUUCUUGUGGGAAAAUGGAAGGUCUUCUUAUGAACCUGUUUGGCCUGAAAUGAAAUUUGAUUGGAAAAUUAUAGUGGGAUCAAUUGUUGGAUUUUUGGGAGCAGCUUUGGGAAGUGUUGGAGGUGUAGGAGGUGGAGGAAUCUUUGUCCCUAUGCUCGCUUUGAUCAUUGGCUUUGAUCCCAAGUCUUCUACGGCCAUUUCCAAGUGUAUGAUUAUGGGUGCAGCAUUGUCAACUGUUUACUACAAUAUGAGGCUUAGACACCCAACACUAGACAUGCCACUAAUUGAUUAUGACUUGGCUUUGCUUUUCCAACCCAUGCUGAUGCUUGGAAUAAGUAUUGGAGUUAUAUGUAAUGUCAUGUUUGCUGAUUGGAUGGUCACAGUUUUGCUUAUCAUCUUAUUCAUAGCUACAUCAACAAAAGCAUUAUUCAAAGGAAUAGAUACAUGGAAAAAGGAAACAAUGAUGAAAAAGGAAGCAGCUAAGCAGUUGGAAGAAGAACCAAAAUCAGGUGAAGACUACAAGGCCCUACCAAGUGGUCCAACUAAUAUUCAAGAUGAGGAGGUCCCUUUGCUAAAGAACAUUUAUUGGAAAGAAUUAUCUCUCCUUGUGUAUGUCUGGGUGGCCUUUCUCCUUGUUCAGAUUGCUAAGACAUACACCGGGACUUGCUCCAUUGAGUACUGGGUUAUUAACUUCUUACAGGUUCCUAUCGCGAUCUCUGUUGCGCUUUUUGAAGCCGUAUGCUUAUACAAAGGAACAAGAGUGAUUGGAUCAAAAGGGAAGGAAAUUACAAAUUGGAAGAUUCAUCAAAUUUUUCUAUACUGCUUCUGUGGAAUAGUUGCUGGUAUGGUUGGAGGACUGCUUGGUCUAGGAGGUGGCUUCAUUUUGGGGCCACUUUUUCUAGAAUUAGGAAUUCCUCCUCAGGUGGCAAGUGCUACAUCAACUUUUUCAAUGCUUUUUUCAUCCUCCAUGUCAGUAGUGCAAUAUUACCUUUUGGAUCGCUUCCCAGUACCUUAUGCUUCUUUCUUUGUUUUGGUUGCUACCAUAGCUGCCUUCGUUGGCCAGCAUGUGGUGAGAAAGAUAAUUGCAAUCCUUGGCCGUGCAUCCAUUAUUAUCUUCAUUCUAGCAUCCACCAUUUUCAUAAGUGCAAUCAGUUUAGGUGGAGUAGGAAUAGAGAACAUGAUUGUGAAGAUGGAAAAUCAAGAGUAUAUGGGAUUUGAAAAUUUUUGCAAUCAAUCUUAGGUGUGUUAUUGUGGUUGUAUCACUAUGGAGAAUAAUAUUUUUCAAACUGAUGAUAUGGUCACCUAUUCCAUUUUCAUUCAAGCAAAGGAAAGAUUGUGCUUUAUUUUAUAUUAUGCAAUGGUUGGCUACAAUGUAUUCUUUUGUCAUUUCAAUAUUGAUGUUAAAUUUAUCAUUUUGAUCA